AAAUGCGUCUGACGCAAAGGUCAUAUUUAUCUAAAACAAAAUCUCUGUCUGAAAAGGUUGACAACGGUCAGACAAGAUACUAUCACUCAAGUCACUGUAGAAAUGGGUUGUCAUUGAAUAAUAUCUUUCCCAAAGUUUUCUUUCAGGUAUAAAGAUUAGUCAUAGUCAAAAAAAUUUAGAUGUGUAGGUAUUUAAGAACAGGUAUGAAUGUAAGUAACAGAGUAUAAAAGGGCUAACGUAAGGGCUUUCGGGUUUUAGUUCCAAAUUCUUCAACCGAACAAAAUUGUUUCAUCUUGAAACGACAUCUGUCAAGUGCAAAAUUCAUUGAAGCGCAUUUGAAAUUCUUAAUCCAAAUCGACAAAAUAGAAGAUGUAUCGUGCAGUGAUCGUUUGUUUGAUUGGUCUUGCGUAUACAACAAGCGUCUCUUCAGUCCAGAUUAAAGAUACACAUCAAGAAUUAACUGUUCCAGCUUAUUUAUUAGAGAGGAAUGGUCAAUUUAGGAAUAUUCCUAAUUAUCCGACUUAUCCGACUUAUCCGGAGUAUUCAAGCGCCAAAUAUGGAGAGCAAUCCGAAAAGAGAAAAUUAUCCGGCGCGAAAAUGGCAUUAUCACAGAAAACGCCAGUUUCGAAAUCGUUGUUCCUCAUUUCCAACUUAAUGCCUUUCAUUGACAAUUUGAUCUUCUACGGUAUAUAUACUGGCAAUUAUCUACUGCGAUAUCUGGUAGCCAUCCUUCUUAGUACAACUUUUAUUGGUCUGAUCUGUACGCAAACAUCGAUCUGCAACUUUCUGGGAUUUGAUGCAAGAAACAUUGCUAGUACAUUUAUCACCCCGGAACAUUUGAAUUUUCUCACUGCGAUAGUCAACAAUGCCACAGACAAAUAUUCUGCUCUGCAACAUUCUGAGAACCUCAAGGAAAAUGCAGCUACGCGAAUUCAGUGACACAGUUUCAGUUUAUAUUUUUUAUCAAAUUUUUGUGAGACUAUCUCACAAAAAGUGAGACUGUCUCACACAUAUGUCUCAUCACAUUUUACAUCUAAUUUCAUUGUCAGUUUGCUUAAUACUUUUAGCGUUAUUUUCAUAUUUUUAUAUUUAGCUUUUCCUAAGUAUUCUAGCUUUGUAUUAAACAAUCUCUGUACAUAAAACGUUUUAAUAUAAAUAAUGGAGAGGA